AUGGCUAAGUCAACAUCCUGUACAGAAAAUCUGUCGGAUGGUAAAGAACUGGAAAGAUUCUAUGAGCUAUUGAUUGAAGCAUCGCAAAAGGUACAAGAAAUGAAGCUAAAGGAGGGAGGCAAUUCUGAGCUUAAUGCAUUAGAGGAUGAUAAUGCACCAUAUAUUCUAUCCGCAGUGUCUUAUAAAGAACCGCUGAAGAAAAACCCAAAACAUGUGCUCCAUGUGAUGAAGCGUUUGCAUUCUAUGACUACAGCUGAAAUGCAAAAGGAAUUAAAGAAAGCACAUAUCGAUUCUCGUGGGAAACGAAGUCAGCUGUACAACAGAUUAAAGAAGUACUUCCGAAAAGAGUUCGCAAUUAUUAAAAACGCAGAACCUCUACGAAAUAAAACUGAAACAUUUUAUGACUAUUUUGUGGUGAUAGAUUUCGAAUGCACAUGUGAAGCUGACCUUUAUGAUUACAACCAUGAAAUUAUUGAAUUUCCAGCUAUUCUCGUUGAUGUACGGAAAAAAGAAAUUGUGGAUGUUUUCCACUCGUACGUAAGACCAUUAGCGAACCCACAACUUAGUGAAUUUUGUUCUGCCUUUACGGGUAUUACUCAAGAAAUGGUUGACAAAGCAUUACCAUUCAUUGAUGUUCUGGAUUCUUUCCGAGCCUGGAUGCAGUUACAUCAUUUAGGACAAAAAGAAGUGCGCUACGCCUUCGUAACUGACGGGCCUUGGGAUAUCGCUAAGUUCUUUCAAAUGCAGUGCAUUCAGAGUAAAUUGAAUCCCAUUCCUCACGAUUUUCGCUUUUACGUCAAUGUUCGAAGAUCGUUCGCAAAUAAAUAUUGCAAAAAACAUCCGACACAAAAGAUUAACCUAAGCAGAAUGCUAACAUCUCUCAAUAUGAAAUUCGAAGGUCGCGAACAUUCUGGGCUCGAUGAUUCUAAAAAUAUUGCAAAAAUUGUUAUAAGAAUGUUGGGAGAUAAAUCUGAGCUAAGGGUUAACGAGAAGCUUGUUCGCAUUAAGGAUGGUGAAAAAGCAAAACUGCUACCAGAUAUGAAUAAGGAAGAUCGGGAUCGACAAACUUGGAGGAAUAACCUUCCAUACAUGGUACAACAGAUAAGUCGGGAUUCGUUUGUCAGCGGCGAAUAUUUAGACUGUGACACAUGCGAUGAGGGUGACUGA